AUGAGUUUCGGAGGUCCCGGCGGUGGUGUCACACCCGUUAAACCUACUCCUCCCGAGCGCGGAAGUUUCCCUCUCGAUCACGAUGGCGAAUGCAAACACCUCAUCCAGAACUACCUCAAAUGCUUAAAGCUGCAGCGCGGCGUCAACGACGAGGAAUGCCGCAAGCUAGCCAAGGGAUACUUGGCUUGUCGGAUGGAUAAGAACCUGAUGGCGCCGGAUGAUUUCAAGAAUCUGGGGCUUAUAUUCAAGGGGGAUGCCGGGGAUGCCGGGGAUGCACAAGCGCAAGCUCAGUCGCAGACGCAGACGCAGAAUGGGCCGAGUACGAAUACGAGAUCUUGA